CUGGCAGGAGCGUAGGUGAGCUAAAAUAGAUCGAUGAACGUGCUGCGCACGCAAGUACCUCCGGUUGUACCCCUGCGGGGGUAGGAAACUGCGCGCCACCGAACCUCGAUGGGUAGGGCGGCAUCGAGAAAUAGCUGGUGGGAGUCACUGAAGAGGGUGGAACGGCCAGAGGGACACACUACAGGAGAGAGGGGAAUCUAGAAACGUAGAAGGAGGGAAGCCGUGUUGAAAAAACUGGAGGGUAAAUGUGAAGAAGAAAGCAAGAUGAUAUCGAGAAAUAGAGAAGGUGAAUCAGAAAAGAAAAUGCAUGACAUGGUAUCUGGAAUACGAAAAAAGAGAAAUGAAAGAGGAAAGAAGAUAGCUGCUGGCAAGACUGUUUCAAGAUAGAGAGAUGGUCGAGAAAAGUAGGGGUGCGUCGAGGCAACCGACAAGUGAGAGAUAACAAUACAGUGCUUUAACGUGAGAAAGGGAAAGACCUAAACAGUAGAGGACGGAGCAUUCUCUGUGAAGGAAGCGAAAAAUAAGGCGGGUAACGGGAAUUGGAACGAGACGGAUAGUCCGAAUUCUGAACAAGAGCGAGAUGGAUAAUAUGCGAAGAAGGGGAACUAUCUAGGAGGGAGAGAGAGAGAUGCGCCGGGGUGAAACCGGGAGGGUGCAACUGGUGAAAGUGGAAGGAGUGGAACGCGAGCGGCUGGGGGAAGAGGGAGAGAGGCACGCGACGACAUCUCACCUGUUUAUCAACCCGCCAGUCUGGUUUACGCGCCCGGUCAUCCGCCGACUCUACAAGUGGCUAUUCCACUUCGAACGUGGGCUCGUUCGCCUAACUCUUUGUCGCGAUUUAUUUUGAAAGCGUCAGAAAUAUUUAGUAGAUCGUGGAAGUACGUGUGGUUAACAUUCGAAAGACGAUACGUCGUGUUACGAUUUUCUUCAACGAAUCUUGCUUCUCAAUCACUCCUUCUCACCAUUGUCGUCGAACGUUUGUGUGACGAUGAUUGCCUUAAGCCAUCGGCGCGAGCCGAAACGUCGAGACUGUACAAUAUCUUAAGUACUCGACAAAGUACGAUGACUCUUGUGGCAAAAAGAAAUAUCUUGGAAGAAUUGCGAAAAGAAUCUGAUGAGAAAUCACAAAUGGCCGUAGCCGAGAAUCAAUAUUGCGACGCGAAGUUCCGUAAAAGUUCCCGAGGUCGAAGGAUCUUCCUUCACGAUGAGUCAGCCGGCGAGCGGUAUCCAAUCGACCUUUCGCGAGAUCGAUGCCUGUAAAUUUUGAGGCGCAUCACGGCAAUUUAGUCCUUAAGAGCGCGUCAGGAAAGAAUUCAGGGAGAAGACGACGAUGACACGUUCGGUCGCUUGAAAAAUUGCUAUCAGCAGUUACGUAGAAAACGACAAGAGAAACAUCGCAUCGACAAAAAUGAGCUUCUUUAACUCCUUGCAGGAGUACGUAACGAACAGCGUGGCUAGUUUUAGCCUGAGCCCAAAAAGGUUCUCGUUCAGUCGCGAGGACUCUAAGGGAGAUACCAGCGGAACCGGAAGAAGUGGUUCUACUGGAAGCGUCACCUCGACGACCAACACGAAUACAGCUCAGCAAGCUACGCCACAUGGUUUUCCCAAGGUUGUGCCACCGCCAGGAACCAUCACGUCUUCACACACCCGCUCUCUUUCAGCACGUAGACGUACUCUCGAAUGCACUCCAGCUUCGGGAUUGACGGUACAUCCUGCGACAGGAAGUGGUGCCACAUCACCGAGGCGAGUCGGCUCCUUUCGACGGAGUGGCGGAUCCAGCGAUCGACCGCCUCUUAUGUUCUGUCGUCGUAGACCAUCUUGGCCAGAGGUCGACAUACAAGCUACUUCCGGUGUUCAAGAAACAGAUGGAUCCUUCUUUGAAAGUUUUACCGCAUUAUCUUGGAAACAGGAAAAUCGAAGACUCGUUGUUCUUCAGGAAGUGGAAGCAAGAGCAAAGGAACCACCACCGCCAUCCAGAGAUUCCAGUUUGACCUCGCAACCAUAUCGACUAAGCAAAAAAGAGAUGGAACAAUUGUACAUAGAAGUUCUUUACACAAUUGCGAAUACUGUGGGCGCCAGUACAGGACAAUACGCGCACUAUAAAGAAGAUCUGUAUCGAUACGCCCAAGAAGCCUUUGGAGUCCCACAGGAUCAGCAUCGGCGAUAUCUCAAUAUUGCCUCGGAAGAAAAGCCACCCAUUGUUGUGCUAAGCGUAGUAGUGAUCGAAGCCGAUGGUCUCGAGGCAAAGGACGUCAACGGAUUCAGCGAUCCUUACUGCAUGCUAGGAAUACAGCCUGGCAACCCAGGUGCACCAUUGAGCCCUCAAACGAAUUUAACGGCGCAUUCGCCGCAUACACCCCCAGCAUCCCCAAGGCAAGCAACUCGUGCCCUUUCUGAUGGUGGCGAGAUCGAGAAUUCCCAUCAUGAGAAACUUCGAAAGCAUCAUAGUUUCAGGCUUUCAUUUAAGCGCAAGGAGCAUAGCAGCAGGCGGGAACACCGCGAAUCCUUGAGCGGUGCUUUACCCGCGAAGUUUAUACGAGCUACCUCGGUGAAGCCGCAUACGUUGAGCCCGCGUUGGAACGAGAAGUUCCGUUUCGACAUUGAUGAUAUCAACACGGACAUUCUCCAUCUGGAUAUAUGGGACCACGACGACGAGUCCUCGGUGUUUGACGCGGUGAUCAAACUCAAUGAAGUACGAGGUGUGAAAGGGCUCGGACGAUUUUUUAAGCAAAUCGCGCAAAGUGCUAGGUCUGGAAGUCAGGAUGACUUCUUAGGUUGUGUAAACAUCCCUCUAGUGGAUAUUCCGAGUACUGGAGUGGAUCAAUGGUACAAACUUGAAGCACGGACACAAAGGAGUAACAUCCAAGGUAGAAUCAGACUGAAAUUAUGGCUGUCGACAAGAGAGGACCGUGGAACAUCUGAGGAGGAUAAUUGGGGCGAACUGAGACAACAGGAAAGACUGUACACAAUUUUCCUUAAUCAUGAAAUGAACAAACAAGGGGAAGACUUCACUGGGGAACUGCCGCAGACUGCGCUGACAAUCCUACAUCAACACGCGGUGCAAGGUGAUGUCACCGACUUGCAGCAGGCUUUGAUAAGGUGGGUGGCAAGUUGCCGGCAGCCCGCCGUCGAUCCACGAAUGCUUCAUCGUCUUCUGCAGGAACUUGACAGUCGAUGGCACACUGAAACUCUGUCGCGCGACGCAGAACAAUGUUUAGCGGAUUCCUUCAAUGAUUUCUUGGAAAUGUCUUUGAAAAAAGUUAGGCAACAUCGGGUAUUAUACCCGCCUCUGUAUAGACCGACCAUAUCAAAACUGGAUAAUCUACUCAGAUGUCUGGGACUUCUUUCAAACAUGAAAGCUUUUCGAACCUGCUGCCCUUUCAACAAGGAAAUUCGUGGCGAGAUUAUUACUGCUCUUAGAAAAGGAACUCUUGAGUGGUAUGAAGAUACCAGACAACAGACAAUGUGUUACGAUCAAGAACCUGAUCAGGACAUUGAUCGAGUUUUGCAAGAUUUCACGAACUUAGUUACUGCAUUACUAGUCGAUCUAGAGCAGGGACUUUCAUAUUACAACAGUCUCUUUGAAAAUACGAAUGGUGUGCCGUAUUUCUCAGCAGUUUAUAAGCAACUGGAAAAGCUGCUGGCGGAACACGUGGCGAAACACAUGGAGAACACUUCCGAGAUGCAUAACGAGCUUGGUGCAAGAGUUACCACCGCCUGCCUCCAACUGCACGGUCAAAAUCGAGAUGAAGAAUAUGUUCUACCACCCGGUGCUGAGAUAGGAACGCCGAUAUUCGAACUUUAUCUGGCACUUCAAGACUUCGUAAACAUGAAGGAGAAUUUACCACAAUCGGACCAUAAAACUCUGGCAAUCUGCAAGUAUUAUGAGUGGUUUAGACCCGCUAUCGACAAAUGGCUAGAUCUGGCAAAACUUAAGGCAAUUCAAAGAGUCCGAAGAGCUACGGAACUCGAUCGUAUCUGCACCGGCGAAUAUUUUGUCAAACACUGCACAUCAGCAAUUGACGCCACUGCAUGCUUUUACCAGAUUAAAGAAUUCUGGAAGAAGCUGGCGUGGCCGGAUUUAGCUGGAUCUUAUAACUUUGUAUUGAAAGUCAUCGAUGCAAUAUGCAGUUCCGCGGCUUACUACGCAGAGAUAACACAUCAGAAACUGGCAGAUAGCGGAUAUUAUGAAGAGCAUACACCAUAUAGAACCACAGAUGAGGUAAUCGCUCAGAUGUGCGUAGCUGUCAAUGGUCUUGAAUAUGUGAGAAGAUGGUUACUGGAUCUGGGUGAAGAACUUCACGUAGAACAGAUUCUUAUGGCUUUAGAGACUCAAGCGGGUGAAGCUCGAAUACAAUGGCGAAAUACUAUGAUAACACCACUAGAACAAACUCCUGGGCAAAUGUUACUCUUUAUAAAUCAAAUAAUUUCGAGGAUCGGUGCAAAGAUGAGACCACCUCUGAAAAAGGCGAUGUUUCAUUUGGCUUGGUCUCCUGACAGUUUACCGACUACAGAAGCGAUCGCACCUCUCGUGGAAUACCUGGAUGUUCAUUUGUUAGCGCUUAACUCGGCUCUGCUAAACGCAAAUUUUAAUCGCGUUUUACAGGAUAUUUGGGAAGUGGUCCUUAGUGAAUUAGCCAGUCAAAUGGAUGGAAAUGCUGAGGAUAAACCAGCGAUGUUUUACGAGAGAUUGCACGAAGCGCUGGACUUAUUAGUAAGAUUUUUCAACGCUGAUGAAAAGGGCUUGCCAUUAGAAAUAUUACGUCGUCAGAGCUUUAUGAACGCAGAAGAGCGCCUUCAGUAUCAUAAAAUGGACACCACAUUUUUGAUCGAUCGAUAUUAUCAGCAACGUCUUCUGGACCAACUUAGCACAACUAGCUGUGAAUAUGGAGUUCUAACGAUACGAGCUUAUUUUAAUCAUGAUUCACUUUGCGUCGAGGUAAUAAAUGCCAGAGAUGUCAUACCAUUAGAUCCGAAUGGAUUCAGCGAUCCCUUCGUGAUACUCGAAUUGUUACCGCGACGAAUGUUCGAGCAUUGCGCCGAGCAACAGACUAAUGUCAAAAAAAGAACUUUAAAUCCCAUGUUUGACGAGUGUUUUGAAUUUUCAGUGAGUGUGGAGCAGUGUCGUGACCCUAGCGCGAUGAUUCUUUUUACGGUAAUGGAUCACGACGUUCUCACAGCGAAUGACUUCGCAGGCGAGGCUUUCCUGGGACUCAGUACUAUUCCUGGCGUCGCCGACACAAACACUAGCAUAGACAAUUUCCAUGGCCUCAAGCAUCAGGAACUACCGCUUAUGCACCAGAAAAAUAAACAUCACCCAAUCCUCCAAAUACUAGAAACUCGAAUCGGUGACAAGAUGGCUCUCGACUUUGUGAAGAAACAGAAACAACGAUUUGCCACGACGUAAGCGCAUUACGUGUUGAGGAAAGAGAAGAAAAUCGUGGCGGUUGCAUUGCAACCGCUAUCAAGACUUGUAUAUUAAGUUUAAGAGUCAAUGAAAAAAAUCGAAGAGAAGAAGGAAGAGAAGAAAGUCCAUCCCUGCGAUAUAUCGUCGAUUUUCACUUUCUCUUUCUCUCUCUCUCUCUCACGCACUCUACUUUUCUGCCUAUCUUUCUACCAGCCUUUAUCCCAAUAAUUCGUCAGAUCUAUUUCAGUGUAAAUCGUGUUGAAUAUAAUUGGUGUUGGGUAAAAAAAAAACAGAAAAAGAGAAAAAAAGGAAAGGCGCAGUGAAAGAGGAUCGAGAGAAAUUAUCAGAACUAUUUUUGUGUCAAAGAAGAGAUGUGUAGAGCAGAACUAUGCAGCACACAGGAAACAGUAAAACACAUUGGUGUGACAUAGCUAAGGAUAAAUGUUUAAAUGCCGUCUCGUCAGGCUCGAAGCGACACCGGAGUGACCAUAAAAUUCUUUAUCUUACAUUUUUUAUACAGGGAGGUCCAAAUAUUAAACAUCUCGCGCGCAUAUGCGAGUAUUUAAGGAUUUUCCUAGAAAAAAAUACGAGUGUUCACGUUUUCAAAUAAACUGAAAUGACAAGACUUCCCUUCCCGCGACCUGCUUUUCGUCUGUCAAUCAAUUGUGAACAGAAAUCGGAGUUUCCAUGAUAAGAAUACAAAUAUAUAUAUAACACACGAUGACUUUCCUUAACUCAAAUUAUUUUCACAGCUUCCAAAAGAGGUAGUCAUCGAGAAUACUCAUGGAAACUUUAGUCUUAAAUGUUCUCCGAUUGUGCAGAAUUGACUCACGACAAAAUUGGGAGGAAAAACCGCAAGUCUUUUUAUGAUUCUCUUAAAUUACCAUUUCUUAUAAAAGUUAUGGUUAAAUUGUACAAAUAAUCCAGCGCACAACGAAUAAUAUUAAUGAUUAAUUUAUAUAUUUAUUAUAUUAAUCAACUUUUGAACGGAAAUGAAAAAAAUAUAGUCAAUGAAUAUAUUCUCUAAAUUACAAUCAGUGAAAAGUUACUGAAAUCAGUGUGAAUAACUAAUUUCAGUGGUCUACUUAUAAACUUGUCAAUCAGUGAAAUAAAUACACCGAUCUUUCAUAAUUAUACACUAAUUCUGAAGUAAAAAUUACUAAAAGUGAAUAAUCACUAAUCAUCACAUUUAUAAGUAUACUACUGCAAAUCAGUGAAAAUACAUUGAAUGCAAAUUAGUGAGUAUAAAGUCAAAAAUACGUCGAGAGUUAAUGCCAAGUGAUAAUUCUCCUUUAAAGAUAAUUUUUAAUUGCUCAUUUUUUACUUUAAUAUAUAUAUAUUUUUUUAACAAUUCCCCCAGUAAAAUGCUUUUCCUCCCCGAAGAGCAGCCGCCCCGCUUCAGCGUCGCUUCGCCGGCGCGAAUCAAGCCGAGAAGGAUAUACGAUAUUUUUCUUACUCGUCAUUGGCUAAAGCCUUCUUUCUAUCUUUUCACCAUCUAAUCUCCCGAAUGACAAAAUUAUAAAUACAGCUUUUCUCGUUGGACUGCUUAUGUGACGAAAAUGGAGACGCUUCUAUCGUUCUGAUACGAACGCUCCACUCCGUGAUUUCUGCAGCAUCGGAAGAAAAAAAACAAAAUUUGAGACUGUAUCAGAAACACUAAUUUUGCUUUCAGACAUAAAUAUUGUUAAAAAAUGUUUUGCUUAAAAAGCAUUCUCUACAUCGCCCUAUAAAUUUUUUCUAUUGAAUUUUAUUUUAGUAGUAUACAACAUACAAUUCUAUAUAAUUUUUAUAACUUUCCGAUGCGACGAAUUCUUCGUAAUUAAAGCAUAUGUUAAAAUACUCAUAGUAAUUGGGCAAAAUAAUGAACGUUUCUAUUUAAAAGCGAAAGUAAUGUUAAACUCUUUCAAAAUAUUUUUUAACUUACUAAAUUGAGUUAAAAUUUAAUCUCACUUAGUAUGAAACAGUAAGUUGUGAUAAUGCGCUCAUUUCAACAAAUAUGACAAGAAAAUUUAAUAUUUUUACUUACAUUUUUAAUAAUUUACAUAAAUAAUUUAGAAUACGUAAGCAAAUAAUAUAUGUCAAUGUAAGAUCUGUCGUGAAUUUAUGUUAUAUAACAAUUGAAAUAAAACAGAACUUGUAGAUUCGAACGUGCGAAAAACUGAGGAAAAGACGGAGGCAAAAGAAAAAGGAUUCAGUCAAACGCACAUAUGUCAAUUUUUCUAAUGCACGUAUCACUUUGUUACAUAAUUAUAUAAAAAGGAUAUGAUAAUUAUACCAACGAGCGCCCUGCGUAACACAUUUUAAUAUUUUGCACGCCUUGUAUAAUAAAAGAGACCGUCAAAAGAGAAAAGAAAACGAUUACGAAGAGCCAGAUUCGUCUGAUUCUCAAUAUAUUUCGUGCAUCGAAUCCAAUUAAACUUUACUAUUUGCUUUUCCAACCUUUUUCAACCACCCAAAAGGUAUGUACAUCUAUCUUGUAUUGUGAGAUAAAUAAAUUAAUAUAAAUGUU